AGACAAAGUGAAACACUAUCACGCCACGUUUUUCUUCGAGAAAUCAUUGUUGCAGUGAAAGUACUAGACCUUGUAUCCCAAUAUGGCAAAGAUCCAGCAAUCACAAGUAGCUUGAAUAGAUUCGACUGGUACAUCAUUCCGCAAGUAAAUCCAGACGGUUACGAGUACAGUCGAGUAUCGGAUCGACUGUGGCGUAAGACGCGUUCACGAAAUAUCACAAUAAAUAAGUGGUGUGUUGGAGCGGACGCAAAUCGUAACUGGGGACACCGUUGGGGGGAGGCUGGAGCGAAUCGCUCGCCUUGCUCGAACAUCUACGCAGGCAGUCGGCCAUUCUCCGAACCGGAAAUCGUCGACCUGGUCACCUGGCAAAUUCCGAAUCUCGUGAUCUACAUCAGUCUUCACUCCUAUGGACAACUACUACUAUCUCCAUGGGGCUAUACACAAGCGAGACCAGACAACUAUGCUGACCAGGUGGCUUUUCUUAAACAUAACUGUAAGCUCUUAGACAGACUUUUGUAUCGUAAAAUGAAUAUUACAGAUCCAGCAUCGGGAACCAGUAUCGACUAUAUGCAGGAUCGCGGUGUGCCCUAUAUCUUUGGCGUUGAACUUCGACCGCUUGACGCUUAUGACACUUACGCUUUUAGUUUACCGCCUAACUUUAUAAGACCGACCGGCGAAGAGAUGCUUGCUGGUCUAAUUGCUCUAGGCGACUACGCUACAGUACACAAAAAAUUGUGA